AAAAAGAGGACCAUAGAGAAGUACGGUGGGAAAUAUGCUUAACAUAUAUUGCUUAAGUGUAUGGAAAUGUCUCUGUAUAGCAUGGUAAUGUGAAUGAUGAAUACAAACAAUAAAAUUAAAACACUAGUAAUAAAGAGAUUUGAAUGUGCCCUCUUCUAAAAUACCUUAUUGGGCUAUACCCCCCCCUUCAUUUCUUAGUGGUACUAGGAGAUGGUACAACCCAUGGCUAUGUAAGCAGAUGACAUGUGGGGAACAGUAGGGGCAUUGUGAUGUAGCACCAGGUUACAUCUUAUAGUUUACUUGAACACCAGAUGUGUGGUACUCUACCAGUAGAUGUGAUAACCAAGACUGCCUGGACCAGGACGUGUGCAGUUCGACCAACCACAGAGCUGGAAUUUCCCAGGGGCACCAGAAGCAUGGCAUUUGAGUUUUCCUGAGCAACCGAAGUGGAACAUAAGAGUUUGCUGGCCUAGGAAGAUAAACAUGGAUGGCGAACAAGGGGGCAGGAGUGACAAGCCAGGAGGCUCUCCUCACCUCAGAUUUCUUUCAAACCCAUUGAUGGGGGAUGUGGUGUCUGAUUGGUCUCCUCUUCAUGAUGCUGCAAUCCAUGGACGUCUGCUGACCCUGAGGAACCUUAUCAGCCAGGGCUGGCCUGUAAACAUCAUCACAGCAGAUCACGUGUCUCCACUUCAUGAAGCAUGCCUCAGAGGUCAUCUGUCCUGCGCCACUGUUUUGAUAAGUCAUGGAGCUCAGGUGAACGGCAUGACUAUAGAUUGGCGAACUCCCUUGUUUAAUGCCUGUGUUAGUGGCAGCCAGGACUGUGUGAAUCUGCUUCUGCAGCACGGAGCCGCUCCCCAUCCUGAGAGUGACCUGGCCUCUCCCAUCCACGAGGCUGCUAAAAGAGGCCAUGCAAAGUGCAUUGAAUCCCUCGCAGCUCAUGGGGCCAAUAUUGACUACAACAUUAGCCACCUCGGAACACCUCUAUAUGUGGCUUGUAAAAACCAGCAGGUCGACUGUGCCAAGAAGCUCCUGGAGUCAGGAGCAUCUGUGAAUCAAGGCAAAGGCUCCGAUUCUCCUCUUCAUGUAGUGGCCAGGAUGUCCAGUGGGGAGCUGGUGCAUCUGCUCAUGGACUUCGGAGCCAAUGCUCAAACCAAGAAUGCAGAUGGCAAACGUCCUGUGGAUCUGGUGCCUCUGGAGAGUCCUGUGAUUGAGAUCUUCUUACAGAGAGAAGGGCCCCUCUCUUUGAUGCAGCUAUGCCGUUUGAGAAUCCGGAAAUGCUUUGGCAUUCGGCAGCAUCACAAGAUUACUGGACUUCUUCUUCCGGAAGACCUGAAGCGCUUCCUUUUGCACCUUUAAUUGUGGAGGGACUGGAUCCACAAGCAACUGAAAAAUGGUGUUGAAACUCCUACUAUUGGAGUUUCAAAUAAACUAAGGUUUAUGAUGGCA